AUGGGAAAUGGGUCGAAAUGGCAGGAAAGGGCAGGGGAGCGAGGGCAGGCUGGGGGUGAUGAUAAUAAGGAUGGUCGGAGGAUCAAGGAGCUGGAGGACCAAGUCGCGGAGAUGAAUCGGAAGCUGGAUUUGCUGUUGAUUGGGGGUGAGAAGAAGGGCGAAGAGAAGGUAGUAAAGAGGGAGAGGGGUAGUGGAUGUGAUAGAUUUGUGAAAGAGGAGGACUGUUCGGAUGAGGCAGGGGAUAAUAAGGGGGGAGACGAGGAGGAAGAGGACGAGCAGUGGGAAGAAUUUGAGAAGCUCAAACAGUUCGUGCCGUCGCUAGGAGUCGUUCGCCGGUUCAUGCGGCCGAAAAAGGCUAAGGGGCUCAUCGAUGCGUUGUCAAGAAAGGCAAAGGGUGGGAGUCUAAGGCAGGAACGGAGAGAUGGAUGA